AUGACAGCCACAAGAGAUGCACUUUUCCCAAGAGUGCAGGGAAACAUAGAAGCUGCACAAGAAAAGCAAAAGAAGCAGUUCUUAAAAAGAAAAGGAGGCUUCGACUGCACAUUGAAGAAGGGUGAUGCUGUUCUACGCCGCAAUAUGCUCCAAAAGACAAAAAAGGGGCACAAAAUGGAAGACCAGUGGACUGGCCCAUACACCAUAGAAGAGGUUGACUUACAAAAGGGAACCUGCAGGUUACGUGGAAAAAGUGGCGAGAAACUAAGAAGGAUAGUGAACAUGAAAGACCUCAAAGCGUACAGGGUUCAAUCCACAGCUCAGCAGACAGCACAACCACCAUUGCAGCAUCCUCACUGUUCUUCUCAGCAUUCAGCGACAGCACUCCAACAUCAACAACAGGCGCCAUCGCAGCAGCCAGUACCAUCUAUGCAGCCUGCAACACCAUUGCAGCAGCCAAAACAAUCCCAGCAGCUAUCGCCAACCAAAACGGCCACAAUACAGCAGUUAAUGUCAUCCCAACAAGCACCAUCCAAGCAGCCUACACCACACCAACAGCCAGCACCACACCACCGGCCAACACCAAUGCCACGGACAAAGGUUCCCCAACCAAAAGUACCACCCAAUCAGCCAACACCAAUGCCGCGGUCGAAGUGCCCCAAACUUCAAGCACCUUCCAAGCAGCCAAAAGAACAUCACCAGCCAGCACCUUCUAGCCAGCCAACACAACCAAAUCAACCUACACCUUCCAGCCAGCCAACAUCACCUAAUCAGCUAGCACCUUCCAGCCAGCCAACAUCACCUAAUCAGCUAGCACCUUCCAGCCAGCCAACAUCACCUAAUCAGCUAGCACCUUCCAGCCAGCCAACAUCACCUAAUCAGCUAGCACCUUCCAGCCAGCCAACAUCACCUAAUCAGCCAGCACCUUCCAAACAGCAAACAUCACCUCAUCAGCCAGCACCUUUAAACCAGCAAAAAUCACUUAAUCAGCUAGCACCUUCCAAACAGCAAACAUCACCUCAUCAGCCAGCACCUUUAAACCAGCAAAAAUCACCUAAUCAGCUAGCACCUUCCAGCCAGCCAACAUCACUUAAUCAGCCAGCACCUUCCAAACAGCAAACAUCACUUAAUCAGCUAGCACCUUCCAAACAGCAAACAUCACUUGAUCAGCCAGCACCUUCCAAACAGCAAACAUCACUUAAUCAGCCAGCACCUUCCAAACAACAAACAUCACUUAAUCAGCCAGCACCUUCCAAACAGCAAACAUCACUUAAUCAGCAAGCACCUUCCAGGCAGCCAAAACCACCUAAUCUGCCAGGGGCUCAGCAACCGGCAAAAUACCAGCCCUUUGAACCAAACAAAAAAAUACAGAACAUUUCAAAGAAGGACAUUGCUUCCUGCUUUGACAAAGUAAUCAAAGAUCACCUUUCAGAAGUACUCAGUGGCACCAAGGAAAGCUGGCGACAUGAAAUUUUCCAUGGAAGAAUAUUAUCAGACAGGGAUAAAGAGAUGAUCGAAAGGGUAGAUCUCAAGUUCAAUGUGCCAUUUGGGGACUUUGAGGAAAAUCAAACAUAUCACAUGGUAACUCUAAUAGCAAAGCACUUCCCAAAGGUCAGUCAAAAGUACUUAAUGGAGGUACUUUUACCAGAGGCUCUAAUUACCCUAUGUUGUCAGCAAUUACAAAUUACACGCAACCAGGCUGAGGAUCUCCUAGAAAGUGGUGGAAAGCAUGAGGCAGAUGCAUUCCUGCAAAAAAUAGAACAAAGAAGUAAAGGAAAGUUCUUGAAAAAGAAAAAAGCCCCGAAAAGAAAAUUAUGUGGUAAUUCUGCAUCAGUGUUCUUUUUUUAUGUUGUGUCACCAUUUUGUUGA